GUUAGCGUUCUCCGUACACUCCCCUAUACAGACACCACGAGCGAACUCCGUGGUACAAGGCAUGACGAGGAUUGCGUAAUUUUCACUAGAACCCGUUUUGGAAUUUACCUGUUGAUGAACAGCUUCAUGCCGAGGACUCCUAUACGUAUAUAAUGUACGUAUAUGAUCUUUGCAGGGGAAGGCCACGAUGAGCAUUCGCCAGUUCAAGAGAAGCUUUUUAGCCCACUCUACAGUCCACGAACUACAAGUCUCAAAUCAGUGCAUCAAACUACUGCAUUAUGUCUCCUUCAGCAACCGUAGAUGCUGUCCCCCUCACAGCGCCCAUCACGAAGGAAGUUCCCUCAGGGCCUCUCAAGGAGAAAGCCCCGGCCGUCCAGCCCAAAGACGAUGGACUCCCAAAAUCCCAGACGGGGCAUAAGGAGCCAUUACAACUCAGCGGCGCCCUCGACCAAUUCGAGCAGUUCGAUGUCACCACCGUAAUCGGCAAGGAGUUUGCCAACGUUGAUCUCGCCGAGUGGUUACAUGCACCCAACUCGGACGAACUGCUCCGCGACUUGGCCAUUACCGUCUCCCAGCGCGGCGUCGUCUUCUUCCGCAAGCAGGACAACAUCGACAACGCCCUACAAAAAGAACUUGUCCAGCGACUCGGUGAACUCACCGGAAAGCCCGCGACGCUAGGGCUGCACAAUCACCCCUUCACCCACUUCUCACAUCCGGCAAGAGGCGACGACGAUAAGAUUAGCACAAUCUCCUCCGUCCAGGUCAAGACCCUGUACCCCGAUCGGUUCGCCAAACUGCCGCAGAGCAAGAAGCGCCUGUGGCACAGUGACAUUACCUUCGAGCCUGUCCCCAGCGACUACGCCCUCCUAAGACUUACGGAGCUCCCUAAGACCGGCGGAGACACCCUCUGGGCCUGGGGGUACGAGCUCUACGACCGCAUCUCUAAGCCGCUCCGGAGCUCCUCGACAAGCUCACGUUCUACUCCGCCCAGCCGGAGCCGAGUGCGGUGCACCCGAGAACGUCGGGGAAGCCCUCGAGGCCAUCCACCCCGCCAUCCGCACCAACCCGUCACCGGGUGGCGGAGCGCCUUCGCCGUCGGUAAUCACGUCCAGAGCAUCCCGGGGCUCAGCGAGGCGGAGUCGAAGCACUUCCUCGACUGGUUCCUUCAGCUAAUCGUUGAGAACCAUGACUUGCAGGUCCGUCUGCGCUGGCAAAACCCCAACGACGUCGCCAUCUGGGGCAAUCGUAGCGUCUUCCACAUUGCUACCCCGGAUUUUAUCAAAAAGGGCCUGGGAGAGCGCACUAGGUCGCGCGCGGUGAGCUUGGGUGAAAGGCCCUACUUUGAUUCUCAGAGCACCGGUCGACAAGAGGCGCUGGCUGCUGCUAAGGGUCUUGACUGGGGAACUCGGUGGGCCUUAGGGGGCAUGGCAUCUUAUAGUGGCGAGAGUGCAGCUAGAUAG